GCCCAGUGACUGAAGUAAGAAGUAGGGAACUUAGAGUAAGUUUUAGUUACCGGGACUUUGCAUGGCAGAGCGGGUCUGCUCCAGGUCCUGCGGGCUGGGAGGUGAGCCCACGAUGCCCGGCAGCGUCUGGAAGCUUUUUCUUGCUUAGAGGAACGUCCUCGCCGCCACUAUGAGCCGAGCUGCUGGUCCCGGGAGGGGACAGAGCUGCGUGUGAAUGAGACCAGAGGAGCGUGUGCGAGUGCUAUGGAGGGCAGCAACUUUGUUGGUGUGACUUUUUGCAAGCCUUCAAGGAAAUUCCAUGGAGUUGGACUAAAAUAAAGCUUGGGGAUGUCUCUAUUUGGAUUAAAAUUUGGAAAGAAGAAAUUGAAAGAGGAAGAGAGACACCUUCAAGCAAACAAACGGGAUUUUAACCUGCAGUUUGAAUAUGCUAACAAUUCAAUUAAAACAUCGAAAUACAACUUCUUCACUUUCCUGCCUCUCAACCUGUUUGAACAGUUCCAGCGAAUAGCCAACGCUUACUUUCUUUUCUUGCUGAUUUUGCAGCUGAUUCCUCAAAUUUCCUCGCUGGCCUGGUUUACAACAGUGGUGCCCCUCGUGCUGGUGCUGGCCGUAUCAGGAGUCAAGGAUGCCAUCGAUGAUUUUAAUCGACACAAAAGCGACAAACACGUCAACAACCGCCCAGUCCAGGUCCUGAUCAAUGGCAUGUUGAAGGAUGAAAAAUGGAUGAAUGUCCAAGUUGGGGAUAUAAUAAAACUAGAAAACAAUAACUUUGUGACGGCCGAUCUGCUGUUACUGUCGAGCAGCGAGCCGCACAGCCUGACCUACAUCGAGACGGCUGAACUGGACGGUGAAACAAACCUCAAGGUGAAGCAGGCACUGACAGUCACUGCUGAGCUUGGAGAAGACCUUCAGAAACUGACAGAGUUCAAUGGUGAAGUUAAAUGUGAGGCACCAAAUAACAAGCUGGAUAAGUUCACAGGAACUCUUACUCUUCGAGGAGAGAAGUAUGCCCUGGACAAUGAGAAGAUGUUGCUGAGGGGCUGUACUAUUAGGAACACAGAGUGGUGCUUUGGUCUCGUUAUUUAUGCUGGGCCAGACACUAAACUAAUGCAGAACAGUGGAAAAACAACUUUUAAGAGGACAAGCAUUGAUCGGCUCAUGAACGUCCUUGUGUUGAUGAUCUUUGGAUUUUUAGCACUGAUGUGUCUUAUCCUAGCCAUUGGCAAUGGCAUCUGGGAGUCUGAUAAGGGCUACAACUUCCAAGUCUAUCUGCCCUGGGCAGAGGGUGUCAACUCUGCCUCCUACUCCGGCUUCCUCAUGUUCUGGUCAUACGUGAUCAUUCUAAACACAGUGGUGCCGAUUUCACUCUACGUCAGUGUAGAGAUUAUACGCUUGGGUAACAGUUUCUACAUUGACUGGGACCGCAAGAUGUAUUACCCACUGAACGACACGCCAGCCCAGGCCCGUACCACUACACUCAACGAAGAGCUGGGGCAGAUCAAGUACAUCUUCUCGGACAAAACAGGGACCCUCACUCAGAACAUCAUGUGUUUCAACAAGUGCUCCAUCAACGGCAAAUCCUACGGUGAUGUGUAUGACAUGUCUGGACAAAGGAUAGAAAUAACUGAGAACACGGAGAAGGUUGAUUUCUCCUACAACCCGUUAGCCGACCCAAAGUUUGCCUUCUAUGACCACAGCCUGGUCGAAGCUGUGAAGCUGAGUGAUGUCCCAACCCACAGGUUCUUCCGCCUGCUCUCACUUUGUCACACAGUGAUGCCAGAAGAGAAGAAAGAAGGUAACUUGGUGUAUCAGGCCCAGUCUCCUGAUGAGGGAGCCCUUGUCACUGCUGCCAGAAACUUUGGAUUUGUGUUCCGGGCUCGCACACCAGAGACCAUCACUGUUGUGGAAAUGGGAGAAACGAAAAUCUACAAACUGCUGGCUAUUCUCGACUUCAACAAUGUCCGCAAGCGAAUGUCAGUUAUCGUGCGGAGUCCAGAAGGGGACUUGACUUUAUACUGCAAGGGGGCUGACACCAUUCUUUAUGAACUGCUUCAUCCAUCCUGUGAUUCUCUCAAGGAGGAGACCACCGAACAUCUGAAUGAGUUUGCUGGGGAAGGUUUGAGGACACUCGUCGUGGCCUAUAAAAACUUGGAUGAAGAAUACUUUCAGGACUGGAUCAAGCGUCACCACGAAGCAAGCACUGCCUUGGAAGGACGGGAAGACAAAUUGUCUGAGAUAUAUGAAGAGAUCGAAAAAGAUCUAAUGCUGCUAGGUGCCACAGCAAUUGAGGACAAAUUACAAGAUGGGGUCCCGCAGACAAUCGAGACUCUUGCCAAAGCCCACAUUAAGAUAUGGGUUCUCACUGGAGACAAGCAAGAGACAGCAAUGAAUAUUGGUUACUCCUGCAACUUGCUGAAUGAUGACAUGGCAGAUGUUUUCGUUGUUGAAGGCAGCACGUCUGAUGAUGUACUUAGUGAACUCAGGAAUGCAAGGAAAAAGAUGAAGCCAGAGUCCUUUCUAGACAGUGAUGAAAUCAACAUUCAGUUUGAAAAAUCUUCCAAAAAAACAAAGAUCCUACCUGAUGAGCAAGCAAAUGGGGUGUAUGGUCUGGUCAUCAACGGUCACAGCCUGGCCUACGCGCUGGAAGAGAACCUGGAGCUGGAACUGGUGCGAACUGCCUGCAUGUGCAAAGUGGUGAUCUGCUGCCGGGUCACUCCGCUGCAGAAGGCCCAGGUGGUGGAGCUGGUGAAGAAGUACAAGAAAGCGGUGACCCUGGCCAUCGGAGAUGGUGCCAACGACGUCAGCAUGAUCAAAACUGCCCACAUCGGGGUUGGUAUCAGUGGCCAGGAGGGGAUGCAGGCAGUCUUGUCCAGUGACUUCUCAUUCGCACAGUUCCGCUACCUGCAGCGCCUGCUCUUAGUCCACGGCCGCUGGUCCUACAUCCGCAUGUGCAAGUUCCUCAAAUACUUCUUCUAUAAGAAUUUUGCUUUCACGUUAGUGCAUUUCUGGUAUGGAUUCUUCUCUGGCUUCUCUGCACAGACUGUCUAUGAUGAGUGGUUCAUUACGCUUUACAAUUUGGUUUACACCUCCCUCCCGGUGCUAGGAAUGAGCCUCUUUGAUCAGGAUGUGGAUGAUCGUUGGAGCUUGCUGUUUCCUCAGCUAUAUGUACCUGGCCAGCAAAACCUCUAUUUUAACAAAAUAGUGUUUGUCAAGUGCAUGUUGCAAGGGAUCUACAGUUCCCUCAUUCUGUUCUUUAUCCCCUAUGGGGCCAUGUACAAUACAAUGAGAAGUGAUGGGAAAGCCAUUGCUGACUACCAGUCCUUUGCUCUGAUGGCCCAGACCUGCUUGUUGAUUGUGGUGUCUGUACAGAUUGGCUUGGACACCUCGUACUGGACUGUUGUGAACCAGUUCUUCAUCUGGGGCAGCCUCUCUGUUUACUUCGCUAUCACCUUCACUAUGUACAGUGACGGCAUGUACCUGAUCUUCACAGCCUCGUUUCCUUUUGUUGGUACAGCUCGAAACACCCUCAGCCAACCCAACGUGUGGCUAGCAAUCUUCCUCAGCAUCGCCCUCUGUGUGCUGCCUGUGGUCGGCUUUCGAUUCCUGAAAGCUCAGCUAAGGCCAACUGCCAGUGACAAAGUCCUACUCAAGAUCAAAGAAGCCAAAAAGAGGCCGCCUCCGCCCUCACCCAAGAGACGCCUGCGUCGGACCAGCACGCGCCGCUCCGGCUAUGCCUUCUCCCACCAGCACGGUUUCGGGGCCCUCAUCAUGUCUGGGAGAAACAUGCGGCCAAAAUCACCUUUUGCCACAACGGGAACAUUUUCACCCAAUAGUGACAAGCAUAAACACAAGGGACUGUAAGAACCCAAACCAAACAAACCGAACCAAAAAGGGCUGUUGGGAGAGGAGGCUGUGCUCCCCGCAAAGCACCCAGCCCAUGGCUGCCCAGAGCUCUGCCCUCUGGGCUACCAAAGCAAGGGCUUGGGCCUUUCCUUUCUCCCACAUGCGCUCUCUGGAUUCAGCUCCUCUUCCAAAGACAUGUCCUGCUCCUGGGGAAGGAGGGGCAGGGGGAAGCAAAGACACCAUGUGGUAUCUCAGAGGGCCUCCCUGGUUAUGCUGUGGGAGGCUCCCUGAGUUUGUUUGUAACGCUACUUUUUUCUCCCCUUACAUACCUCAGAGCAAAGUGACGUCCAGGCUGAGGAAAAGGCUGAAUUGGCAAUGUCCUUCUCAAUCAUGUGCCUUUGGGUCUGUCAUGAAUCCACGCUGGGCCUUAUUACUGGGGUAACGGUAUUGACCCCAGGUGUGCCUUAGGUCCAGCCACACAACCCCCAAAUCAACUGUCUCUGUAAUACAUGUAAUUCUGUAGCCUUUUAACUAUUUUGUACAGAAGCACUAUGGAAGGGAUGAGGUUGAAGUAACCUCCUUCCAACCAAACGGUUAAUUCUGUUUCUCAAAAGGAGGCCAGUGCCCCCAAACCACCCUCUUCCUGCAUCUGCAGCCAGGAGUGCAAGCUCAGAGACAUUCCUAGCUGGUCAAGGGACAAGGACUCAGCAUUCAUCAGUUUGCCUCGUCUUGUCUGCAAUGCAAAUCUGCUCUUGUUGUAAAAGACCUUUGUCCUCACAGCCACCUCAGGUUUUGUAGCUGGGCACUAGCCAUUUCAUUCAGACUUAAAAUAGAAGGGCAAAAGAAGUUCAGGCACCCAUAUAGAUCAAGCCUUAAAACCCAGCACGGAGAAGCCCGUAUCAUGGCUAGGGCUCAUGUGAGCCUCCAGCACCAGGUGAACUUCCCACCAUAACAGACUGAGGCACAUGCAGUGUGUGACUGGGUGGAAAUCAUGCAAGAAAUAUCAGAGGCUAAGAUGCUAUUUCACCGCUGGCAUGGGUUGUCCUGCCCUUUACUCCGCUGCUGCCGUGAGUCACGGAUGAAGCGUGACCUGGUUGUCCUCUCACCCACCCUGCUGCCUGCUGUGGUCAAGUUUCAGAGGAUAUUAGUGAGGGCUCAGGGGCCUCUGCUGAGUUUCUCUGUGCUGGCUGGUGUUUUGUUCAGGAAAGGUUCAUUCAUCAAUCACACGUUGCAGAGAGCAGAAGGCUCCACCAAAUCCUAUCAAUCUGACUGCCAGCAGAGGGACCUGGUGAAUUGGUGGUGAUCUCUAGAUGCUGGGAUUUGCUCGUGGGUUUGUAACACCAGUACCAUAACCAGCAGGGUUACUGGGUGGAAGGCCAGUGUGGAAGCAUGGGGAUCCGUCCCUCAGCACUGCUGAGCUGUCUAAAUGGGGAUAUAUUUAUUAUUAUUUUUUUUUUGUGCAGAGGACUAAGCAGGUUUGGCUGUUAUAUUUUCUCAUCUCCUUUAUACAAAUGUAGACUCUUCCCUGGUAUGGAAUUAGAAUUUUUGCACACUAACCAUCUGGUAUUUAGUGGGAGCUCUCUGCCUUGAGUCUCUGAGCUAUCCGUGGAGGCAGCCUAUGAUGGCAAGAGGCCAGCAACAUCCCCACUUCAUCAGGUAUGCAUACAACACCUUGCUGCCUGCGGUCCCAGUUUCGGCAGAUACAGUAUGAAAUUGUUUAAGCCCUAAUAGAAGGUUUCAUCUCCCUGUGUUUAACUCUGAAAAAAAAAAAAAAAGAAAAGAAAAAAAAAAAAGCAGUCUGUUGCACCUGCUGCUCUGGGAGGCUCCUUGCAAACUGCAGUAUUAAAUUUCAGCAUAGGCAGUGCAAACUAGAGCUGGGACUGGAUCCAGACUUCAUCAGGCAGGAGCUGCUUGACUAGGGAAGGAGCAAAUUCUAAUCCAGUGAUCUUCCCUGCAAGGGGAUACCGAAAUAAAGUGAGAGCCUGAGGAAACUGCUGUGAUAGUUGGUGCUUCACCUUUCCCUUUGCAGAGGCAAUGGUGGCUUUCGGUUAGGAUGAUGUCUUUCACAGUCAGCAUCUCCAGUGCUAGAGGAAAAAGGAGAGCGAGGACAGUGUGUGCAGGUAAGCAGACAACCCUGCAACACCCAGCCUGGCGUGUGGACUGAGGGCCCUGUCAAAGCUGUUCCCAGCACGUCACGCAGCAGCUUUUAAUGCUGAGCAGCAGAGGCAGAGCUUUGGUUGAGGGCGAGGAAACUCUGAGACUGUGUCACUCCUGUCACAAGGUUUACAUACAAAGCACCUUCUGGCUAAAGGGGAUUUGCAAAGGCUGCAGAGGACAUGCAGGGGCUGAUGGGUCUGUCGGGGAACUUGCUCCAGCUACAACUAUUUCGGUGGUUUUGACCAGAUCGACAUUUGAGACAUAUCAGCCGGCAGUGAUGUUUGUCCUACAUCACUCCUGAUUUUAUAAAAUAUUUUUUUUUUUAAUAAAAAGAGAAUAUUGGGAUGAUCGA